AAGACAUACUCAAGCAACAACAAAAUGCUGGAUAGCAACCUAGAGAACAGUGUGGACAUGGAACACGCGGGAUUUCCCACCUUCCGUAAGCUGCUGAGUGGCAUCCCACGGUUGUGCUACUAUGCUAGAAUUGUCCAAGCAGGUGACACCUCUCAUUUCUGAGGGUUUGUCUAAGGGACGACCCUCCGCCUUUUCCCCCGUAUACAUCAUGUAUCUCAUUGCGCGCGCGGUCUCCCAACAAAAUUUUGACUCCAAAAAGACUUGGGAACAACUUAUCUUGAAAUGGAUCGAAAUAGCCAUGAAAGUUAUUAACGGCUUCUUCGUCACUUUCUUCAAAGACUAUGUUUAUGCCUUCCAUUGGUUCUCAAGAGGUUUAAUCAACGCUAAGGAUUUUCCUCUUGCGAUUUUCAUCGGACCUUGGAUCGUCCUGAUCCCUCUCAUUCUCGUCUUGGCCCCCCUUAUUCUCAUCCAAGAGGCAGUUGUUCUCGUACUCACGGCCCUUGGGUUUGAUGUAUCGGGGGUCACCUGUAGCUCCCCCGCUGCGCUAUUCCAUAGUUUUUGCUACGAUGAAGACACCUCCGCCGGAUCCACGUUUGCGUAUUUGCAAUCAGCCGGGGCGACGUAUCAAGUUGAUACUGUCAGAAAUCCAGUUCUCCUGGUCAUUAGGGCACUGGCCGGGGUGGUGGCAGUUUAUAUAAUUGUGUCGAUGAUUCAUUGAGGCUCUUUCAUUUUCUGCUUUACUGCAUACUCCCGGUGUUGUGCUCUCACAUGUAAUCAUAGUAGAAUUAUCGCUGGUCGACAUGUCGACAGACGAGCGCGAACGGCACUCUAUCGCAAUUUCCUAACACUCACUACUGCGCUUUUCUCUUCUUAUGGUACAUAGCGAGAAAGUCGUCGAGUCGUCGAGUUGUUGCGGAUGACGCAGCAAGAUCUAGACUUUACCAGAAGAAC